AUGGCGGUCGAUGCACUCUCUACUGCGAAGUUGGUCGUCUACAGCAUCUUCGUACAAUUUGCUGUCUUCUGCUUUUUCAAGCACCGGAGGCUCGGGUUACUCGGAUGGUGGUACGUAAAUUUGUUCUGUGUACUCCGAAUAGUCACGGGCGCCAUCGGGGUACAUGGAGACAAAAACGGUGAAACCGUCACCAUCCUCAACAGUAUCGGCAUCUCUCCUCUGCUGCUAGCACUAUCCGGACUUGUCCAUGAAGUAAAACGUGCCACAAACAAACGAUCGCAGUCCAAGUUCGACCCCAUAUUUGAGCUCCUUUUCCAUGGCAUUGUUCUCGCUGGGAUGGCUCUGAUCAUUGUUGCCAUCAUUAACCUCGAAGACAACGACAACAUUUCCUCGAGUAAGACAAAACUUGAUGUCGGUUCGGCCAUCUCUUGCGUUGCCUACGGUCUCCUGGUUGCCUGGACUGUAUCAUUGUUGGUGCAAUCACGCCAGCCCCCCCAGAAUGUUGAUGCGAUUGUCGUUCGGUACAGAAACGUGCUCCUCUUUGCAUGCUUCCUUAGCCUACCUCUUCUUGCGAUCCGCAUUGGGUGGGGUGUAGCAUACCUCCAGCUGAAGAUCAAUCACCCAGGCUCUGGCUUCCUCACAUCCUUGGCCAUCACCGUUUGUCUUAGUGUCGUCCCCGAAAUGCUUAUCAUCGCCGUCGUCCUUGCAGCCGGAGUCUUCACUCACAAAUUACACGACACCAUGACAGCUGGGACGCCAUGGACCACAUCGCGCAAGGGCAGGGCAUGA